AUGGGUGCCACAAUAAGUCAGUACGCAUUCCUGGGACUUGUCAUAGGUUUCGGCGCCUACUACUACGAUGUGGGAGGGUUCCACAAGUUCGUAGAUGGUCAACUUCAGGGCCGACCGCAGGAAUCCUCAUCCAUCAUCCCUCAGAUCACGAAGAAAGCCAGACAGAAGAGAGCGAAGCAGGUCCUCGGUGACGGAAAGGACACCUCACCCCCUCUCAGCUCCACGGAGUCCCAUGCCGCGAAGAAGCGAAAGAUCUCUGGACCAACCAGCCGGGAGGUCAAGGCGCAGACUGCCGAGGGUGUCACUGCCACAUUGCCGCGCGUGGACAACGAGGAUCAGAACGAUGAUGCUGCCUUUGCAGAGAGCCUGAAGAAGGCGCAGACUGGCACAAAAUUCCAGCAACCUACAUCACAACAGACCUCGACCAAGAAGAGCCGCCGUCCCGUGCAAGACCAGUCCAACCUCACAGCGAAGGAGUUUGACUCGGCAGAGACAUCUUCCACUGGCGGUCGAGACGCUGAUGAUGACUUAACUCCGGCUGAGACACCACCCACAUCGACUUCACGUGCCGGCGACGUCGCAGACAUGCUCGAGCCCAGUGAGCCCAAGAUCAGCUCACUCAGAUUGACCAACACCGAGUCCAAGCCUAAGAAGGCCGCGCCUAAGCAAUUCGAAGCCGCACAGACGAAGAAGCAGAGACAACGUCAGAAGCAGAAUGAAGAGAACAAGAAGGCGCGGGAAGAGGCUGACAAGCUCCAGGAGAGCCUGAAGCAGAAGCAGAUGCAAGGCGCGCGUAUGGCAGAGGGUACGUCGAAGCAGACGAAAGCCAACACUUUCACACAGAAUGCUUGGCAGAGUAAGCCUUCACAAGAGCAACAAAAACCUGUCCAGGCACCUCAGCAACCCCUGCUGGACACUUUCGAUCAGGACGAGAACAAGCCGGCGGUCUCUGCUCAGCCACGUGAGGCGCUGACGGAUGGGCCAGAGGCUACUGCUAGUGCCAUCAAAGAGUCCAAGGGCGAGAAUAAGGCACAGGCUCUGGCCGCUUCAGCUCGAGAAGGCGGCGAUACCGCUCCUGUGGAGAGAUGGACUUCCAAGGAGAGCUGGGCUGACCAGAUCAACGACAAUGAGCAAGAACAGUGGCAGCAGAAGCUCGUCGAAGAAGAACAGUGGGAGGAGGUCACUACCAAGAAAGGAAAGAAGAAGAACAAGAAGGACUUCGAGAGCAGCAGCGAGGCUAGCCAGCCGCUGUCUACAGUGCCAAACGGCCAAGCUCCGACGAAUGGGACGAAGUCAACGGCGGAGACCAACAAGACUGCUCGACCACAGACCUUGAAUCGAUUCGAGUCGGUUGCUGGUGACAACUGGGAAGCAUGA